AUGCAACUUCCUUGUUUUAAUGGAUAUAGAGAAUUAUUUUAUGAUUUAAAUAGAAAAAAAAUAGUUCCCGAAAAUAUAAGAGAAUUGUUAACUCCCCGUGGUUUAGCUUUUUGAAUUAUGGAUGACGGAAGUAAACAAGGUAGCGGUUUACAUAUAAGCGUUUAUGGAUUCUCUAAUACAGAUGUCGAUAAAUUAAUGUUUACUCUACAAGAUAAAUUUAAUCUUAAAUGCUCUAUACAUUAUAACAGGGAUAAUAAACCCCGUAUUUAUAUAUUUAAAGAAUCCAUGGAUACUUUAAUAACUUUAGUAAAACCUUAUUUUAUUAAAGAAAUGUUAUAUAAAUUAGGAUUAUAA